AUGUGUGACUUAAACCUUCAUUUCUGCCUACAACUUGCCGGGUUCGAGGACCGAGAGACCUUCAUUUUCUUCCUGCUGAAGUCUUCCUGCGACGGACCGCGUAUCGAAACAGAGCAUGAGGAUGCGACCGAGGAAAAUGGCUGCCGCACAUUUCAGGCCAGCUGGCACUCCAAUCAGCUGGAAUUCGAUCAGACCGAGAUCAAACAGAUAAAGACAGAAGAGUUCCAGCUAUGA